AUGAAAAGAAAACAUCAGAAUAAUAACAGUUCAAAUGAAAGUGAACUCCUGCAGCUUGCAAUUACACUUGAGCAUGAUUAUAAUAAUGCUCAACAAACAAUUGAACUCCCUUCGGGUGAAUCAAUUACGAAAGAACAGCUUCUAUUGAAAGUAAUCGAUCUUCAUCCAAACUAUGGUAAUGCCUAUUGUAAGUUGGCAUUAAUUCUAAAGAGUGAAAAUCGAUCAUCUGUUAUUCUGCAAUCAGGCCUAUCAAUGACUGUGCAACAACUAUAUUUGAAAGCAAUAGAGUAUGAUUCAACCAAUUCCAAUUCAUAUAAUAAUGCAGGAAAUCUUUCAAUUGGUGAAUCAAUCAUACAGCCAGAUGGUCAAUCAAUGAUACAACAACUAUAUUUGAAAUCAAUAGAAAGUUAUCCAACCAGUUCACGUUUUUAUAAUAAUCUUGCAAUUGUACUUUCAAGUGAUGAGUCAAUCACACUUCUUAAUGGCCAAACAAUGACAAAACGACAACUAUGCAUGAAAGCAAUAGAAUGUGAUCCAACAAAUUCCAAUACUUAUUUUAACCUGGCAACGAUGCUAUCAAAUGGUGAAACAAUCACACUUCCAAAUGAACAAUCAAUGACAGGACAGCAACUAUACUUGAAAUCGAUAGAAUGCGAUCCAAAAAAAUCCGAUGCUUAUUUUAACCUUGCAUGUUUGCUUUCAACUAGUGAAUCAAUAGCACUAAAUGAUGGGCAAUCAAUGACAAAACAAAAAUUAUACUUGAAAUCAAUAGAGUUGGAUCCAUUCGACUCUAGUUCAUAUUAUAUGCUUUCAACGACGCUUUCUAAUGGUGAAUCGAUAGCACUUAAUAAUGGACACCUAAUGACAAAACAACAACUAUUGUUGAAAGCAAUUGAAUACAAUCCAACCAAUUCAAAUGCUUUUAAUAGACUUGCAACAACACUUUCAAAUGGUGAAUCAAUCACACUUCUCAAUGGACAAUUAAUGUCAAAACAGCAACUAUACUUAAAAUCUAUAGAGUUAGAUCCAACCAAUUCACGUGCAUAUUAUAAUCUUGCAAAUACACUUUCAAAUGGUGAAUCAAUAACACUUAAUAAUGGUCAAUCAAUAACAAAACAACUAAUAUUAUUGGUGGCAGUAGAUUUAGAUUCAACCAUUUCCAAUUACUAUAAUAACUUGGCAACCACACUCGAACUUAGCAAGUCAAUCACACUUAAUAAUGGUCGAACAAUGACAGAGCAACAACUAUACUUGAAAGCAAUAGAGUGUGAUCCAACCAAUACAUAUUCAUAUAGUAAUCUUGCAACAACACUUUCAUAUAGUGAAUCAAUCACACUAAAUAGUGGUCAAUCAAUGACUGUACGACAAUUAUACUUGAAAGUAAUAGAAAUUGAUCCGACCGAUUCAUAUUCAUAUAAAAACCUUGCAAAUAUCCUAUCUCGACAUGAAAUAAUCACACUCCACGGUGAUGUUCCUAUGACAAAACAACAACUUUUAUUAGAAUCUCUAAGAUAUGAUCAAACACAGACAUCAUCUUACAGAUCGAUUGGACUAUUACUUUUGAACAACAAACAAACCAUUACACUUCCAAAUGGUAAAAGAAUGUCAAGAAGACAACUCCUCCAAAGGGCAAGAGAAUAA